AUGAAAUCUCAAAUAGCCAAGCCUCAGUACACAAACAAGCUUCCUACAUUACAAACCCUUCUCACUUGCGUAGCUUUUCCAAAAAUCCUUUAGCUUUCAAUUUCAUUUCAAUUUGCAGUUAGCUGCAUUGCAAGUUAUUUCUCUGCUUUUCAUAUAGAACUUGUUCCUUUUCUUUGCAAAAGCAAACAAAGCUGAUUUGAUAUGGAUAGAGUUAGAGAUUUGGCAUCAAAGAAGGCAGCUGUGAUCUUCACCAAGAGCUCAUGUUUCAUGUGCCACAGCAUCAAACAACUCUUUUAUGAACUUGGUGCGAGCCCUGAAAUUCAUGAGCUUGACCAAGAUGCCAAUGGGAGGGAAAUGGAGUAUGCUCUACGAGGGCUGGGAUGUACUCCCUCUGUCCCAGCUGUGUUCAUAGGAGGAAAGUAUGUAGGCUCAGCAAAAGAUAUCAUAUCCCUCCAUGUUGACGGGUCUCUCAAACAAAUGCUCAUAGAUGCAAGGGCCAUCUGGUUCUAGCAACUCCAAAACAAGCCUCAUACUAUGUUAGUUACUGCAGUAGAAAUGUGAUCAAAGCUCUAAUACCACAUGUAGAGGAAAAAGUUGCAUUAAGGGCUUUGCUUUUUCUUGAGUUUUCAAGCUAACUGUAUGAUAAAAGUUACACAAUAUGAAAAUAGGCUUCAGAGUUUUGAUAAAAAAACUCAGACAAUUGCUUUCAAUUGUACGGAUCACAAAAUCAAAUAAAAAGUAUACUUGUGGAUCCA